CAAGAGACCAGCAGCGUCCCUGCACCACUUGACCCUCACCUCUUCUUCCAUUGUUCACUUCACGACGUACGCUCCCAGUGCGCGAGAAGCCACCCCCAUUGUAUUCUCGACACGCUCGAUCCCACACUCUGCGCGCCCCCGGAAUGAGGUAGCCUUUCGAUUGUUCUCAGCUCCCUGACCGGACUGAGCCUUGGACGACGACGCUUCUAACCACUGGCGUUGAUCCUUUGGGGGUUCGAAUUCAAUCUACGCUGCCGAAGCGUGAAUUGCAGCCAUCGCCUACAGACUGACGCCGGGACAUUGGCCUCUCCCGAGCCCACCAGCCUCUGCCACAUCAUCAUCCUCUUCAAGCACGACCCCCAUUGAUUUAGAGACUCUUGGCCGCUGCUGCGACGGAAAAAAACGAGUGGCGCGUUCUCGGCCGGCCCUAUGAAUAGAGACCAUCGCGCUCCGGCUGGGCCCAGACGGGAGAACCAGUCGCCCACCAGGAGACCGCUGAACCUGAACCCCCCCAGUCCCACCAAGAUCGGCUCCAUCAGACGGCCCACCGUCGACGCUCCAAUGCUCAGUGCGUCCUCUUCCAACAACCACUCCCUCUUCUCUUUCGGGGCUGGGAAUGGCGUGUCCAAUAACGUGACCGACAUCGCCAACGCAUCCUUCGAGUUUCUGCCCUCGGUCAGCUUCGACGACCUCCAGAGCAGCCUCGAGUCUGCAUCGACCGACUUCAAACUCACGCAAUUUCCUUCACCGACUGGGCAGGGAACAAUUUUGGGCGAUCGAAGUGCGGGCAACAACCACAACAUGGUCGAGCGCCCCGACAUGACACGGCCAAGCGCCGCUGCCCAUGCCUUGCCUCAGCAGCCUGCCAUCACGCGUUCACGAACAGGCUCAAUUCUACGAAGACCUAGCACGUCAAGCAGGCCGCCUCAACCUAGCACUGCUUCUACGCCAUCUGGUACCCCAGGCGUGCCCAAUCCUCCCACUGCUCCGGCUGCCAUGCGUGCGCGCCGACAAAGUCAUUAUCCCCCAGUCUCCAACCCCAAUCCCGCCAAGCCGCCACGGAAGUCAACUGGAGAUGUUCAGCUGGGAGAGGCUCAGGUCAAAGAGGUGCAGACCCGAAAGCGGAGACCUAGUGCGGUGUCUUUAUCAGACAGGCCCGUCCUCGAGGCUUCAAGAGCGUCAGUGGAUGUUGCACCUCGAUCUACGGUAGUGGAGAGCAUGCGGCACCUGACAAGCUCGAGGGCAUCCAAGGCAAGGUCUGUGCAGCCAUUGCCCAGAUCCAACCAGGAUAUGCUCACACCAGACACCACGCUCAAACCCGAACAUACUCACAUAGCUAUGGCAAUGCCUCGCUCCCCCAACAGAGUUGCCGCCAAGGGUUCUACUCCAAGCUCAGCGAAACGGAUAUCUGUCAUGCCAGGAACUCAUCAUGCCAGUCACGCCACUGGACUGGGUGCACGAACUAUCAGCCCUACCGAUACAAGACGAAUGAAACGCCUAUCUACGAUGCACCACGUUCAACAGGGCCCUGUUGCUGGCGCUUCCCCCGCGCUGCCCCAUCCACCACCUAUUUCGGCCGACGGUCGCGCCUCGUCUCGAUCCCCCUCUAUGCUGCCUCGAAAGAUCUCGACCCCUUCGUCUUCACGAACCACGCCCGACCACACCAGAAAGUCAUACAGCUCAGGUCUGUCCGUCAACUCAAGCACCAGUCUCAACACGGUGCGGACGUCCACUGGCUCCAUGCAGCAGCGAGCAAUGCAAGGUGCAAAUAGUUCGCGAUUGCCUGCCCCCAAGGCGCUCAAUCUUCACAAUUCGGCGAGCUUUGACAGCAGCGAGGAAGUGCCACCGGUGCCCGCGAUUCCAAAGGCGUACGAGUCUCCAAAGGAGGCGCAUCUCGAAGCUGCUUCGUUUCUGGAGAAGAGGAGGUCCAACCUGGCCUAUGAUGCCAGCAGCAUCCAUAGCAAUUCCACAGCGAGUAUAUCGGGCGCGCAGACGAGUGAUUCAGCACCUGCCAAGCUUCAACGUAAGCCAAGUAACAGGAAGACAGUACACACCUCGAAGCUGGAUCUCGAGAAGAAUCCUGCGGCAGCUCAGUCGAAGAAGAGCUUGCAACCGCUGCGGUUGCCGCCCAUCACCCUUGGUCCCCUCAGCACCCCAACCGCGGCCAAGAUUGCUGCUCUUCAAACUCAUGGUGACAGAAAUCUCUCCCCGCCCCCAUCAAGGCAGAUCCCAAAAACGCCGACGACUCCCAUGACGGCAUCGAAGGGCACAUUUUUUGGAAGAAUACGGCCUGAAGACAGGGCCGAUAUACAGCAUCUCAGGAGCAGCGCGUCGGUGCAGAGGCUUCAUCGUGAAAGUCCUGCCACUACGGCAGAGCCACCGACCAGUUCUACUGAGUCCUUUGCUGGUGUGAAGAAUGGAACCGCCAGAUCAGGGCCGUCGCCUUUCUUGAGCCAGUCGGUGCCGAAAGGAGGGAACUUCGAGACUACUUUGUUCAAAAGGUCAAAAACUGGCGGGGAUUUCACCCAGCCUUUGGAUGCAGCAGCAGACGUGCCAGUUCAACACAACAAGCCCUCGGGGCCCCGAGCGCAAAAGUCUGUCGCGACACGGCCUGCAGGUGGAAAAUCCCCGCCACCGCGUCCCAGUCCGGAGGAGCCGCCCACUCCUUCUUCCAUGAGCUCUCUCAGGCGCAAAUUGAGCUUGUCCUGGAAGAGAAGCGCCUCCAAAGCCAGCGGAAGCCAAGGACACCACGGAGAGCAAAACGCCGUCAAGCAUGAUUCAAUGCCACCGCCGAGGAUUCCUGUCUCGGCAACUCUGAACAACCUUCCCACCGGCAAGCCUCCAAGUCCCACUCCGUCCACGAAAUCCAAUGGCAAUGGGACAUAUCUGGAGUCACGAAGACGGAAGAGCUCGGCCUCCAGCUUGAAUGCGGUGCUUUCCGGGGAACGAAAUCGCGGUGAUACCGGUACAGCAGCUAAGAAGGAUUCGACCCUGGGAACAGUGAACGAGCGUGCUACGGUUCCCCACAACUCGUCUGUGGUGCAAAGGAUACUGAAACCUAAGGGCUCUACGGCAACUCUUCGACACCACGACGUUUGGAAUUCGGAACUCGACAAGGACGAUUUGAUUGCAGAAGAUGAGAUGAGGAAGCUUGGUUCACGGCGUAAGGAUACUGAGCUGGCAGCCAGAACUUUGGAUGCUCUCCGCAAACGUGCCUCGGCCAAGGAGCGCGUCAGCCCUCAAGAAGCCAUCAGAAUUGCAGUUCUCAAUAUCUACGAACGGGGAGAGAUUGUGGACUAUAAGGACAUCUACUUUUGCGGCACACAAAACGCGGCAAAGGUUGUGGGUGAUGUUCAGUCGGAGAGUCCCAAUUUCGGCUACGACGAUGAGCGCGGUGACUACAGCAUCGUACCCGGUGACCAUCUUGCGUAUCGCUAUGAAAUCAUAGACGUGCUCGGAAAAGGAAGUUUCGGUCAGGUGGUACGGUGUAUCGACCAUAAGACUGGCGUUCUCGUAGCCGUCAAAAUCAUCCGCAACAAGAAAAGGUUCCAUCAGCAAGCCCUGGUUGAGGUCAAUAUUUUGCAGAAACUCCGCGAAUGGGAUCCCAAAAACAAACACAGCAUGGUCAACUUUACGCACAGCUUUUACUUCCGAGGACAUCUUUGCAUCUCCACCGAAUUAUUGGACAUGAACCUCUACGAAUUCAUCAAAUCGAACGCUUUUCGGGGUUUCUCACUGAAGCUGAUCCGCAGAUUUACCAAGCAGAUGCUGAGCUCACUCAACCUACUAAAGCAGCACAAGGUUAUCCACUGCGACUUGAAGCCCGAAAAUAUUCUCUUGCGCCACCCUCUUCACUCGGAGAUCAAGGUUAUUGAUUUCGGUUCGAGUUGUUUUGAAACGGAAAAGGUGUACACGUACAUUCAAUCCCGGUUCUACCGUUCCCCCGAAGUUAUCCUUGGUAUGCAGUACGGUCUGCCCAUCGACAUGUGGUCUCUGGGUUGCAUUCUCGCCGAGCUCUAUACGGGUGUGCCAAUUUUCCCUGGCGAGAACGAGCAGGAGCAGCUGGCCUGUAUUAUGGAAGUGUUUGGCCCACCGGAAAAGCAUCUCAUUGAGAAGUCGACACGUAAGAAGUUGUUUUUCGACAGCAUGGGCAAACCUCGCCUCACCGUCUCCUCAAAGGGCCGUCGCAGACGCCCAUCCUCAAAAACACUACAACAAGUGCUCAAGUGCGACGAUGAAGCAUUUUUGGACUUUAUCGCACGCUGCCUCCGCUGGGAUCCCGACCGCCGCAUGAAGCCUGAAGAGGCGAUUCGCCACGAGUUCAUCACUGGCCAGAAGACAUCUGUCCCCAUCAGAAUGCGCGAAGGGUCCCCCAGCAAGCGUACCAAUAGCAUCUCGGCCCCCAGACCCCUUCCCGAGCCUCCAGCAGCCGUGAGGGCCGCUACUAUGCGAGCGCGGGAGGCUUCCGGUCCCAACAACGGGUCGGUCGGUACGAAAACCGGAAGCAUGCCAACAGCCGCGGCCCGUAGGACCUCCAACAUGAGCACCGCAUCUAGCAUGAAUGGCAGUAUCUCCAGUGUGAAGCGUACGAGUAACGGAACCACAACGACUUAUACCAACGGCAAUGGCACCAUCGGCCCCAGCAGUUUACCUAGAGCAUCUCUGCGCAGCGUGAGUGGUGGGGUUGGGCCUGUGGGCCUGUCCAACAACUCCAAAACAGACCUUGCCGCAGCAGGUGCAAACGCAGCCAUGAGUCGCCGCGCAUAGGAGGGACGGGCCUAGGAGGAGCGGACCGCACGAAGAUCGAGGGUACAGCGGCGCUCUCGCAAGACUCAGUAACGAUGUCAAAUACGCAACCUUGGAAACAGGCCAAGCACUUUAUUCCUUUCGUAUGGCGGUAUCGGUUAUCAAAAAUAUGGGUAGACUACUGGUCUUGGAGACGACUUGGGGUAAGGUUGGGAUGGUAACGACGGACGGGAUUCAAAAGUUGUGGUGUUCAGACAUGAUGGUAGUUGCAAGUGUUUUUUUGGCCUCUCUGGACACUUUUCCCAGUGGCAUGAUUAUGCGGGAGGGGCCGCAGAGAAAGUGAUGAUACCAAAUGUUUAUCCUUUUAUUUAUUCUGUCUCUCUUUUGUUCAUUUUGCAUGGCAUUGCGCGCGCGGUUGUGGGUUGAUGUUGCGCAGACUACUUACUACAUUUUUUUUGGUUGGGUUGGGGAAGGGUUUGUGAUGAAUGAAAUGGCGAUUAGUUGAUAAGGUGGGCGCGUGUGUGUGUGUGUGGAUG